GUACCUCUAUCCCGUGUUGGUAUCAUUCUGUGGUGGAAGUUGGCGUUAGUGUAGUUAGUUCAAUGGCGGCAUGGUAGAAGUAGUGGUCUGUGUAAUACUCAACAGAUGAUCAUAUUGCUUUUUGUAACUUCAGUUUAUCGGGUGCGCUAUGUGUAAAUGAUUUCAAGUGCACAUUGUACAGUAUGAUGUCAAAUAACAGGACGAAUGAGAAUAAUCCGUCAACAAUCAUGAAUACCAAAGAAAAGGAGAAAUACAUCGAAGAAUUUGAUUUUCCUUACUGUGAUGAGGCAGCUAAAUAUGAAAAAGUAGCGAAAAUAGGACAAGGCACUUUUGGAGAAGUAUUCAAAGCCAAGGAUAAGCAAACCAACAAAAAAUUUGUGGCUAUGAAGAAAGUGUUAAUGGACAAUGAGAAAGAAGGUUUUCCCAUCACAGCUCUACGUGAAAUUCGUAUUCUGCAGCUCCUGAAACAUGAAAAUGUAGUUAAUCUUAUAGAAAUAUGCAGAACUAAAGCUACUCAGUACAACAGGUAUCGAUCAACAUUCUACUUGGUAUUUGACUUCUGUGAACAUGACCUGGCUGGCUUGUUAUCUAAUGUUAAUGUCAAAUUUAGUUUGGGUGAAAUCAAGAAAGUAAUGCAACAGUUGCUCAAUGGCUUGUACUAUAUUCAUAGUAAUAAGAUCCUACAUAGAGAUAUGAAAGCUGCAAAUGUGCUUAUUACAAAAAAUGGAAUAUUAAAAUUGGCAGAUUUUGGUUUGGCAAGGGCAUUUAGUGCAAACAAAAAUGGCCAAGUUAACAGAUAUACUAACCGUGUUGUAACUUUGUGGUACCGGCCACCAGAAUUGUUGCUGGGUGACCGCAACUAUGGGCCACCAGUUGAUUUGUGGGGUGCUGGCUGUAUCAUGGCAGAGAUGUGGACAAGAAGUCCCAUCAUGCAAGGAAACACAGAGCAACAGCAACUAACAUUCAUCUCCCAGCUGUGUGGCUCUGUCACUCCAGAGGUGUGGCCAGGGGUUGAGUCUUUGGAACUCUAUAAUAAGAUGGAAUUACCUCGUGGACAAAAACGUAAGGUGAAAGAGCGUUUAAAGCCUUAUGUCAAGGAUCCCUAUGCCUGUGAUCUACUGGAUAAAUUACUUGUAUUGGAUCCAAGCAAACGCUAUGAUUCAGAUUCUGCUUUAAAUCAUGACUUUUUCUGGACUGACCCAAUGCCUUGUGAUCUAUCCAAAAUGCUGGCGCAACAUACGCAAAGCAUGUUCGAGUACCUUGCACCACCUCGUAGGCCCGGACACAUGCGACCGCACCAUCAUCAUCAAGCUGGUGCUGGUGCAGCUGGUGCAGCUGCUAAGCCAUCUUCAUCAAUGGACAGUGGAUAUCAAGACCGAGUUUUCUGAUAUGCUUGAAAAAUAUAUUGACAUUUUUUCCUAUCCCCAUGAGUCAAGAAGUGUAAGGUUCAUUAAUAUUAUUCAGAGCUUCAUUCUUGCCUGUAGGUCUUUGGUCUUUACACUUUUGAUAUCUCUCACUUUAAAUAGUGGGUCUGUCAUUAAACACUGAUCUUCCUCUGACAGUGUUUUUUAAUUUAUUCAGUUACGUGUAAUUAACCACAAGGUAUAAGUAGAUUUCAGGGCGUAAACUGAUGGAUUCAGAAAAUGAAAUUCAGUAUGCUGUACAAGGUUCUUCAUCUGAUGGAACAAUUAUGCCAGGAUUUUGUAAUGAUGUUAUUUUUAUAGAUCUCCCCACCCAUGAACUUAGUAUUUCUUCUUUGUACAUCAUUUGAAUUUGUUUUUGUACAAGUUUGUAUGUUCCAUACUGUAGGUGUUGUUUAUAUAUAUUUUCACUUAAAGUUGCUGUUAGCUAGUUUCUUGUUUUCAUUGUUUUUACAGGUGGAGAACAUACUAGUGGUAUGCAAAAUAAUAUUUAAAGGAGACAUUCCUUUGUAAAUACACAUAUUUCCUUUUUA